CAAGCCACAUCUGAUGGUCUCAACAUCAACGUGAAGGAGUUCAUGGACACCUGGAUCAUCCAAAGAAACUUCCCGGUUGUCACAGUGGUACAGAACAUGUACAACAGCAGCAUUCUACACCUCACACAAGAACGAUUCCUCAAGUUUCCUGAAACCAAACACCAAGACACAAGCCAAUCGCCUUUCCACUAUCGGUGGACGAUUCCCCUGACACUGGCUUCCAGCAACCACACAAUAUUUAACCAGACGAGCGGUCACCAUGUUUACUGGAUGGACACGAAGGAACAAUCCAAGACACUCCAUGUGAGCAUCCCAUUACCCAACUGUGCAGACCCCAAUGGCUGGGUCCUGGUCAAUCUCCACCAGUAUGGCUACUAUCGAGUCAACUACCAAGUCAGCAACUGGCUGGCCCUGAGUCAACAGUUAAAGAGAAACCAUUCUGUGAUUCCUGUAAUUAACAGAGCACAAAUCAUCGACGAUGCGUGGAAACUAUCAUACUCUAAUUAUACCACAAUCCAUGUUGCCCUGGCAACACUGGAAUACUUACACAACGAGCUAGAGUAUCUCCCUUGGCAUACAGCCCGAACAGAGAUCAAUUCCAUAGCUACAAAACUGGAGUCAACGCCCCUAGAUGCACCUUUCAAGAAUUUUAAAAAUGUUUUAAAUACUCAUAUAAUUGAAAAAAGAGGAACAAAUAUAAAUACUUAUUGUAAUAAAAUAUAUAAUUAUAAAAAUUGUUUAUUUUCAGGAAAUGAAAGCUAUCAUAAAACGUUUACAUUAAAUUCAGAUCAACACGAAAUUUUUAUAAAAGAAUUAAAUAAAAAAAUCACAACAGCUUUUGAUGAUAAAAGAUAUAUUUAUGCUGAUGGAAUGAGAACAUUACCACAUGUUAUUAAAAUGACUUCAUUUACUGAAUACACAAAACAUUAUACACAUUCAGUGAAUGAAAAUAUGAGAACACUAAAUUUUAUAAAUGGCUUUGAUAGAUAA